AUGAAGCGAACCCGGAUGCCCUCCCCCUGGACCAGCGAAGGCCAGAACUUGGCCGAGUCGAGAUACUUCUGGCAGCCUGCUACGGAGGCCCUGAGGAAUGCCAUCCCGGCACAGUACCCCAACGAGCCCCUCCCCGAGUAUUCGAGCCUGGAGGAGCUGAAGCCCAUAAGGAUCGCGCUGCUACGGGCCGUGAGAGGAGGCAUUCCUUCCGGGCAAGCCUUGGACGAAGCUUGUGUCUUGGUGGAUGAGCUGAUCCGCCCUUGUGACCCAAAGAAUUGGUCUCUGGACCCGCGGUGCCUGAAUCCGAAGGAUAACCAGCAGGGGUGCCCGCCUGGAAGCCAUUUCGUGCGCGGGAAGUAUGGUGUCAUUGACUGCAAGGCUUGCCCUCUUGGCACCGCCCAGGACCAGCGGCAAGCUGAGGAGACUUGCAACAGUUGCCCGCCUGGGCGCUUUGCCGCCGAGCCGGGGCGCAGUGAGUGUGUGACUUGCGCGCCGGGGUGGAUCGCCACAAACCCAGGGAUGUCCGCCUGCUUUACUUGCAACAAUGGCUCGAUGCCCGUGAAUGGAGAGGCAUGCCAGGCAUGUGAAGCCGGUGAAUAUGAAGCCUUCGGUCUUUGCCAGCCCUGCCCAUCUGGCUACACGUCCACAAGGGGAAGCUUUGGCUCUGACUCCUGCGUGAUCCAAAACGUGCUGUUUCUUUGGAAUGGCUUGCUGAUCAUGGGCCUGGUCUUCUUGUGUAUGCUUCUGCCAAGGCUGCUCGGCUUUGGUCCUCUGCCCAUUCAGGACCUUUUCGUCGAUGAAGGGAGGGUUGUGGUGAAGGCGUGGGGCGCGCACGGCAUGUGCAACUGGUUUGGGCUUCCGUUGCAGGUGCGGCUCACGGGUACCGGCCACCCCGCAGUGGAAGAGUGCAAGGGAAUCUUCAGGGCUGUGGUUCGAAACAGUGAUGAGCUCUGGCUGUUGGACAGACACAGCAAAGAACGGCUUGCGGCCGACAUCGAGUCUUCCCGUGGUGCGCUGAGGCUCUGUUUUCCCUGUAGCCUUUGGUGCAGCAGCUUCGGUAGCCUGCCGUUGGCACUGCCUGCUGUCAUUCUUGUCACGUGCAACAUCUGGCUGGUCUGGCAACUUGUCCUGGGUUGGGAAGCAGAGGUGGACCUCUGCUUGUGGUGGUUUCUGCUUGGCUUGGCGAUCGCAUUGGCCUUAUGCGUUGCAGUCACCCUGCGCCAGCGACGUAACGGGCUUGCUUCCGUCCCACUAACCCGACGCCUAACGCAGUUUCAUGAGAGGAUCCUGCAUGCAAAUCCCCAGCCCGCAGCAGCCGAGCGAGGGCCUGCGCGGGCGAUUCACGCAGAGAAAAUUGUGGCUCUGUACGAGUACUUCCAGUCGUUCAUUCGGAGACGGACCAUGCACUACGUGGGCUACAACCUGUUGAUGCCACUCACAGCAUCCCACAAGCUUUCGUACGCAGAGCUCGUGGGCCCUGCGCAGGUGGCUUGGUUUGUGUCGCACUGCUGGAGCAUGCCCUUCGCGGACUUCGUGCAGAGCAUCCGCGCCUUAGGCGACACGAAGACCGACUGGCGAAAGAUCGCCUUGUGGGUCUGCUCUUUUAGCAACAACCAGUGGGCGGUGGAGGAUGAGCUGGGUGGUGGGGAUCCCAUGGACUCCUCCUUUGGCUUGGCCCUCUUGAGCCCGAGCUGUCGAGGCACCGCCAUGGUCUUGGAUGCGGGCGCCGAGCCCUUGCAGAGGUCCUGGUGCCUCUUUGAGGUCUUUCAGACCUUUCGCCUGGCAAAGCAGCAUGCGGACCACCAGGGGCUUCUCUUGUGCACCCCUACAGGCGUGCUGCAGCAAGGCACGGCCAGUGUCGACAUGGUUCUGGUCUUGGCGAAGAAGCUGGCGAGCAUCCGGAUGGAGGACGCGCAGGCCUCAAGGCCACAGGACAAGAUUAACAUUGACGCCUGUGUCCAAGCUACAGAGGGUGGCUUCCCAGCAGUAAACCGCUUUGUUCGCCAAUGCAUCAAGACAGCCUUGGACAAUGCCCACAGCUCCUUCCAAGGACACUAUACAGCCUUGGUGGGGGCUCUCGAGGAAAGCAUGGAGAGCGUCGAGCACGGCGAUCUGAGGCCGUGCCUGCUGCGACGUCGGCGUCCUGAGGAGGAACACAAGCUUCGCACUUAG